UGUGGUCGUUGUGAAGGUUUUACAUAAACUAAUUACCACAAUGAACUUUAUUUGCUAAGCUUCAUGUACAGCAGCCUUUAUUAAAAGAAUUGGAUUUUUUAACACUACAACGACAAAACGAUGGACGAUGAAACUGAUCCAGGAGCAUAUGGGAGGUCUGACUCUGAGCCCCCUAUGAAUCGACACAAACAUGCAUCAGAAACAUCUCAGUGCAUUUCUCAUCUACUGGCAGACAUAUUUAAAGACCUUUACAUCACAGAGGUGAUUGGGAAAGACACUGUUUCUAACCUCAAGAAAUCACGCAGAGGAGAUGACAGCUACUGUGACAAAUAUGUGGAGGAGUUACAACAGGUACGUUCUGAAUAUGACAGACGUAUUCAAGAGGUUAAAAAUCUGGAGGCUCAUAUCAUACAGGCCCGUGUGCAAACCGCUGAAAAAGAGGAGCACGCUCGCAUCAAAAUGAUAGAGGAAGUGGGUGACAAAUACUAUGAGUUGGGCCUUCCCUCAGUUGAAUCUCCCUUCAAGUGGUGUGUGGACAGUGAUCUUCUUAAAAAGCACAACUUGAUUUCCCCACUUGACUAUAGAACAGUGCACACCCCAGUUGUAAAAACCCCAAAAGGAAAGUCUACGCCUGGCUAUUGUCAGCCAACUGUCUCCUAUAAUAUGCAUAUCUGCACUGAACCACAGGAUGAUGGUUAUACUGUGCUCCCCCAACCUGCACGUACGGCCCAGAGCCUGCUGGACGAAUCUGAAGAGACACUUACUUUUCCUUCCUCUGUGGAGUCCAGAUCUGUCAAGGAUACUUCCAGUGAGAAGUUAGGCCAGGUACGUAAGGCCUUGCAGAAGAAAGGACCCAGUUCUCAGAGUCGGGCAGAAAUGAAGACUGCCCUGCAGAAGUACAAAAAGCGAUACGAGUUCCUGCGCAACCCGCGCUUUCUGCUCCCAAAUGCCAAGCGUGGAGGAAAGUCCCUCAUUGUGCCAGGAGAAAGGCUGGAGGAUAGGGCGAAAGACAUAAAAAACAAAGACAGUGCGAGUCCUGAAGCUCCUGUUCCCAUCUUCAUUGCAAAUCCACCUGUCAUCAUCUUUACUGACUUCAGUGUGGGUCAGGUGUUAGAGACUGUGGUGGAGUUGAAAAACACGACUGCAACAAGUCGCCACGUUCGGAUGAUUCCUCCAACUUCACAAUAUUUUUCCGUUGGUUUGGGCAGGUUCCCUGGUGAGGGAGGAAUUGUAGCUCCUGGUAUGAGCUGUCAGUAUACGGUGCGCUUCGCUCCAGACUCUUUGGCUGAUUAUGAAGACGCCCUUGUUGUGGAAACACAGUCGCCGUAUCCCCUUAUUAUACCAGUGGAGGCUCACAGACCCCCUCCAAUACUGACUUUGCCUGCGGUCCUUGACUGUGGUUACUGCCUGGCUGGAGGGGUGAAGUUCAUAGAGGUUUUCUGUCGAAAUGAAGGACUGAGUGCUGGAACUUUCUGCAUAAUGCCUAAGACACAGUGGCCUGUCCCCAGUGUCAGGUCUGCAGUGAAGGCCGCUUUUGCAGAACAGCCUCCGUUUGCCUUCAGCCCUUCUCUUUUUGGUCUUCUACCCGGAGAGGCCACUGUCAUAGAGGUUGUUUUUUUCCCCACUACGGCUGAGAGGAGUGCUCAGGAUUUUACCAUCGUCUGUGACAACUGCCAAGUGAAAGAUAUGACCCUUCAAGGUACAGGUCAGCUUGCCGCUGUAGAGCUGGUUUCAGUAUCGGGUGGAGAAGAUCAGACUUUAUUUGGGGAGCUGUCUGAUCUCACGGCCGACCGUUUUGUGCGUUUCGAAUCGACCAAUCCACACUCCACCCUUCAAAAGACAAUCAUCAUUAAAAACCAUGCACACUUGAAGCUUCCAUUCCACUGGCAGAUCAUGAAGCCCAACCUCCAAUCUCUGUUUCCUGGAGAAACUCCAGACGUCGUCACCAUCCAGCAUCAUGUUGACACAGACGGUGUGUUCAGUAUCAGCCCAGACAUGGGUAUCCUGGCUCCAGCACAGGAACACCGGUUCCUGCUUACAUACUCACCCAAAGACUUGAGAGACCACCACAGUGUUUGUCACUUAGAAAUUGAGGAUGUUCCGGAUCCACCAAGAGUAACUGAGAAUGGAAUGAGCCUCGACACAGCACUCCAUGUAAAUGAUGUGACAGUUCUAGAGGUUGAGGUGAAAGGUUCAACCGAGCCGUUCAAGAUCCUUCUUGAACCGUAUGCUGUUUUAAUACCAGGGGAGACUUUGAUACACACCACAAUCCGCAAGACAUUUAAGAUGUGGAAUCAUAGCAAGUCAGUCAUUUGUUUUGAAUGGGAGCGUGUCACUGACAGUCACGUCAUUGAAGUGGAGCCCUCUGCUGGAGAAAUAGAGAUGAAUGAAUGCUUUGACCUGGAGCUGGUUCUUACCGGAAGGAAACCGGGUCAUUUUACCUCCACGCUGCAGUGUCACAUUCAGCACCAUCCCAAACCUGUAGGACUGGCCAUUGAGGUUACGUUUAAGGGGCCGUGUUGCACCGUGAAUGUACCCGGUUUGGACUUUGGUUUGCUUCAACUGGGGGAUGAGAGCAUAUCUACCAUCCAAAUUACUAACAACAGUCUGUUAGACGCCCACUGGAGCUUACAGAAGCUGUCCAACAGCCAGCUGUUUACAGAGGGACUGGUGGAUAUAAAGCCAAGUAAAGGUGUUCUGUCUCCUCUAGAAUCCUGCAAUGUGAAUAUAGUUUUCAGAGCUCUUUACUGCCAGAGCUUUGAAUCUGUCCUACAUCUUACUGUGCCAAACGGAACUGGCUGUCACCUCUCUGUACGGGCGGACGUUCAGUCACCUCAAGUGUGUUUACAGAGCUGCGAACUGGUGUUGGCUGAUCUGUAUGUGGGAGUUCCACAGAAGGGCAGUGUUACUAUAUUUAACCAAACAUUAUUGCCAGCCCACUUCACCUGGAGCAAGCUACAAGGCGCACAAGCUCAUCUCUGCUCUGCAACCUUCAGCCCGUCUGCCGGCACCCUGCAACCCAAUGGCAUGACAGAAGUCUCUGUGUCAUUUACUGCUCACACUGUUGAGGAGCUGACUGAAGUGAUUGCCGUUUGUAAAGUGGAAGGAAUGAAGAAUCCAUUGGUACUGAGAAUUUCCUCCAAAACUAAACCUCUCACUGUUUCCUACUCAUUGCCUGAGUCUGACUGUGUUAAUUCAGAUGAUGCUGAACGCCAGCCAAUCACGCUGGACUUCACUGAACAAGAGCCUUUGCUCAUUGGUCAAUCUGUUAAGCGACAGCUGCUGAUAACAAACCACACCGCUGUUACCGCCCCUUUCACUGUGGAGGUGGAGUACUUUACGGGAUCAUUGCAAUUGGAUGAAAAUGUGCAAAGGAGCUCUGUCCCUCUUCAUUCUGCUCAAGCUAAACAAAUUCAGCAAAAAGCAUAUGAAGAAUUUGCUCAAUGUCAGCUUGCCCAUGGAAAAGGCGCUGCAUUUUUUGUUAAACCAGACAGUGGAAUGCUUGGUCCAUUUGAGAGGCUAACUAUCAACAUCACUGCUUUCACCAAUAUGUGGGGCGAUUAUCACGACAAUCUCAUAUGUAAAGUUGGUGAUCUGGAUCCAAUAGCCAUUCCUAUGCAGAUGUCUGUGAGGGGCUGCCCAAUAUACUUUCAGAUGACUGGACCACAGCCGGACAAUCAGAACCAGGGUCCAAUUAUAAGAUUUGGAAGCCAUGUUUCUGGAGGAGACACAGCGUCACGCUCUUUACGGCUCAUGAACACCAGUCCUUAUGAUAUCCGCAUGGACUGGGUGACCUACAACCUGGAGGUUGGAGACAGUAAGUUGGUAGAUCUUUUGGUUGCUUGUGGUGAACCUUUUCCUCUGAAGGACUCUGAUGGAAAUGAGGUUGUUGGACUGGACUCAUGCGUCAUGUUCCUGUCCACAUGGGAUGAGAGUCAAACCCCCAGCCGGGAAAACACAAGCUCAUCCAUCAGGACCAAAUCUGAUGGCUUUGAAGAGCAUGAGGAAGAAUGUGGUGAAGAAGAGGACAAUGGAGCUCCUGUGUCUUCAGUCAAGAAACUGUUCUCUGUGUUUCUGAAGCCUCAUGAAGGAAACGUCUCUGAUUACCCAUACUGCAUCACUCCACAGCAAACAGUAGUUCCAGCAGGGGGCAGUAGCACUAUACAUUUGUCUUUCACACCUCUGAUCCUGUCCGGGUCAACCGAUCAGAGGUGUUUGGGUUUUGCUUUGGGUUUCAUGAGCUUGUAUUCCAAGAUGGUAUUAUUGACCCUAGGCAAAGUGGAAAGAGCCCAGGGCUAUGAUCUGAAACCAUUGAGGUUGGACAUGCAGGCUUAUGUUAAACCAGCCAUUUUGUCAGUGCAGAUGAAAGAAGACACGGACAGUCUGGAAUUCACUGCAGCUGCCAGUGAUGCACUAGAUAGAGAAUCACACAAACAGAAGGAAUCCAGGAUAACACAAACAUUCCUGCUAAAGAACAAUACGGAGAUGACCUUGAGCUUCGGGCUGACUACACACCCUCCGUUCUCAGUUCUUCUGCCCCGUCAGAACAUUAAACUGACCACCAGGUCACCCUCUCACAGAAACACACAGGGACUCUCGGGGCCGGGAGACGAACAAGCGUCACUUUUGCUGAAGCCCAAUCAGGUCAUGCAGGUCAAGGUGGCUUUUUGCAACUCAGCUUCACUUCUGAACUGUCUGAAUGAACCACAGGAAAAAUUAGAUGCCCGGCUCUCUGCCACCCUCCUGUGCAAUGAUACCGGAGAGAGGGAACUACAGUUUAAACAAAGUUUGACCAUUCAGUACAGUAAUAACAGUGUGCAGACCGUGUCUCUUUGCGCAAACCUGGCAUUACCCACACUGCACCUUUCCAGUGACUUUGUAGAUUUUGGCACUUGCUAUGUUGGGCAGACACACAUCAAAGAGGUGUACCUUCAUAAUAGAGGUGGAUCCUUCAGUUACUGGACUGCACUCACAGUCGAGCUGGUCAUGUGUUUAGAUGCUGAAGGUGGGACUGAGGUGUUCAGGGUAAAUCCAGACUCUGGUGUUUUGAAACCUCUUGAAGAGCCAUCAUCCUGCAGACAGCUGUUGCAGAUCAGCUUUACUGCCAGUGAUCAGAAAGACUUCCGGACGAUCAUCACAGUGCAGGGCAUUCUUGGAGAAAACCUGCUCAUUCUUAAGGUUCAUGGAAGAGGAUCAUUUGAUGAGAAAUUUCUAUCUGCGAUUUCUGACGCCUGA